GAGCCCUUCGCCAACAUGGCGGCGUCGGCUUCUACUCCACUGCGUGCCCUACAUCAAGAUGGCGGCGACGGCGUCCUCGGUUGUUUGCCCUCCAUGGAGAUGGCGUCGGCUGCAGGACGAACCGCACGUGUGGCUCGGAGGCUGGCGGAAGAAAUCCGCGCGGAGAAGAAAGUACGAGAAGCGCAGAAGCCUUCGGCGACCGGUGGGACCCUGCGGGAGUUACGGGCUCAGGUGGUCCGAGACGACCCGGAACUCAUCCUGAUCAAUAAACCCUAUGGACUCCCUGUACAUGGGGGGCCCUCCACUCGGCAGAGCGUGGCCUCGUUGCUCCCGGCCCUCACCGAGAUGCUGUUUGGAAGGGGCUCCGAGCCCCUCAAGCUUUGCCAUCGUCUGGACAGAGACACCACGGGGACGUUGAUCCUCGCACGGAGCACAGAGGCUGCGGAGCGAGUGCAAAGAGCGCUGAGGGAGCGCACGGCCCAGAAGGUGUAUUGCUUUCCCCGCAGGGCUCUUUGUCUUGGGGUCCCCAGCCCGUUGGAGGGGAUCAUAGACAUUCCUAUAGUGGAGCGAGAGACGGAGGGUCCUCAGAGACACUACAAGAUGUCUCUGUCUCCGCGCUUCCAAGUCUCAGAAGACGGUGUUCUGAAGAAAGGCCGAGUUUGCCGUUCGGCGCGAGAGGCCGUGACUUGUUACCGUACCGCGGGGGAGUCGGCAGGAGCCUCCCUGCUGGAGCUCCGUCCUGUCACAGGGGUGAAACACCAGCUGCGGGUUCACCUUGCGUUCGGUAUGAACUGUCCGAUCCUGGGAGACCAUAAAUACUCCCACUGGGGCCGACUUGCCCCGCAGAAGCCCCCCAAGACGGUUCUCCAGGCUCUCGGCCUGUCUGCCGCUGGCGCGCGCUCUCUUCUGCUGCACCUCCAUGCUGCGCAGAUCAGCCUCCCGGCGGCGCGGGGAGAUACCCCCAUCGUGUUACGGUGUUUGCCCCCGAAGUUCUUCAUGAGCACUUUGCGCAGACUGCAGAUCCCCCCCCCCACAGCUGCAGAGCAUUGACGUUCAUGCGCAGUAGCAGAAGCCUCUCCCGUCGCGGCCCAGAACUCUGUGUGACUAAAUGUACGAAGCGACGGCUUCGGGAUGAAAAAGUGUUUAAUAAAAUCUGCAUUGUAAUCAUUUUCGGUACAAA